CAAAGUGACAGUUUGACAGUUUUUCGAGCGCCUUCUGGCAGUUUCCUCGUAUUCCCGUCACUUGUAUACGUGCCGGGGGAAGUCCACCUCCCGUUUACCGUUGCAUCAGAGGGGGAAAGUUCUCCAAUUUUCGCUAGGCCGAAAUGGAUAGAACAGUUUGACCGAAAAUGACGCCCCGUUGGGAAGGUGGCCAUGGAAAUGUGGAGAGGACUCAGCGACGUAGCUAGAUGUGACGUCUGAAGAGCAACGGCGAACCGUAGGCCAACGGCUAUAAAAGCCGGGGCCACCCAACGUCCUCUCCCUCCCACCAAUUCAGCACUCCAGACCAAAAACGCAAAUCUCAAAGCUCUCAAAACAGCUUCCCAACGCUCUUAGCCACACCCACACUCAACUCGCCAAACCAAACCACAAACAUGGGCGACCUCGACCGCACCCUCAACCGCGUCCUCAACGACUUCUUCGGCGACUUCCCCGUCUACGUCGCAAACGCUCCCGGAGCUCCAGCCGGCCGCCACCGCGGAGGUCGCGGCGGCGGUCGCGGCACCGGCAAGAGGACUGAAGCUGGGCCUACCGUGGAAUGGGUCCCGCAUGUCGAUGUCCUUGAUGCGGGGGACAGCUACAUGAUCUGUGCUGAUCUUCCGGGGGUUACAAAGGAGAAUGUUAAGAUUGAUCUCACUGAAGACUCUACGAUGACAAUCAGCGGCGAGCGCCCCCAACCCGAGACGUACGAGAAAGCCCAGCCGCUCUCGUGGCUCGAGAUGAACUACGGCAAGUUCGAGCGCCACGUACCCCUCCCCAUGGGCAAAUUCGACUCCAACAAGGUCGAGGCCAAGAUGGAGAACGGUGUGCUUCACAUCAAGAUCGGGAAGGCUGAGCAGGCCCAACCCAAGUCGAUUCAGAUUGCUUGAGCCAAUGUAGGAAAGCGCUCUCUCUGUAUCUGUUUGUAUAUACCAUCCUCAGUCGGUCGACCCCGAGUAGGCAUACCCUUAAUCAGCUAGUCUUCCAAUUUUGCAUCAUGUCGAGAGCCUUUUUCUGUUUCUUGAAUGAGAGAUUU